AUGUCGUUGCCUUCACAUCUACAAAACAACUUGACUCCCUCUGAGAUCAACUUCAUGGCCGAGAAUGAACUCAUUACUAUCUUGCCCAGAUACUCCAUGAACAAGAUCGAAUUGAUAGGUACUAAAGUCCCGGCCCUUCGUGCAAUGAGAAGAGAGGAGAUUCCUUUAUGGAUAGCAGUCGUUCUUAAAUCCCAGGAUAAGUGCAGCAUAGUGCCGCCUUCAUGGCUCAACCUCACCUACCUCAAGGAAAAGUACGACGAAGAAAUACGUAAACCAUUGCGGUUCAGCGACCUACCACCCAACUGGUUGGAGGUCUCUAAAAUCUUGUUGGCAAAGGCUUCUGAUGAUCUUGCUGAUCCCACACAUCAAUUGAGGUCAAUCUUACAAGAUCUUCGUGAAAUUAGACUAGUUAAGUCGAGAAAGGGUUUACGAGAAUUGAACGAAUCCAACAUUCAAUUGAAUGGUCUCUCGUUGUUGGAAAUCAACGAAUUGAGGCCAUUUGUGCUCACUGUCAUGAACAAAUUACGGCUUUUACACGAUACUAUUGCGAAGAAAGAUUCUGGAGAUGCUGAUAACGUAUCCGAUGAUGAGUAUUAA